AUGAGGUCAUCACUGCUGCUCAUCGCUCUCACGUUGUUGUCCAACUCAAAGCUGGCACUUUCUUUUGUACCCACCGGUCAAGUUGCGGGUCAUAAUAUUGGCGCCAACCUACCCUUCCACCAAAAGGAAACGUCGCUGCGAUUAUCUUCUACGACGGAAAUGUCUACCCUGACGGAUGAAACCACCUGGAAACUUCGAUUCGUUCUGCGAGGUAUUCCCACAGCCAAGGGCAAGAAGGUAGAUCAAAUUUUCGAUAUCCACGCUCAAUUCAUCGAGGAAGAUGGCUACGAACCUCCUCAGGGCUACGUCAAGCAGGUACCAAUCAUGGAUGACAAAAAUGACAUUGACAAUGACAACGACAAACCCCUGUUCCAAAUCACCGGCAGUCGAUGGCUUUUGUCAGAAGAUCCCAACGAACGAAAAGAUGGACUCUGGGUUUGGGGCUUGUUCAAAGAACCGCUCUACCCCUUUUUAUUGCUGCAAUUGCAAACAGAGAGCAUUCCCUUGCCAGGAGAAGAGGGCGAUUCCAUCGAGCCAUUGGCACUGUUUGCGCAAGUCACCCACAAGCGCGACCAGGAAAAAGGAGCUAUUCUGUCACGUGCCGAGUUGAAGAUUCGAGUAACGGAACUUGUCAAGGCUGACUUGUUUGGGGUAUCAACCGCGGAGCUGUUUGAAGAAAAAUCCGUUGGCCAAUGCGUCUUUCAACCUUUGGUGUGA